AUGACCUCAGAAGAAGCAUACGCCAUUUACUACUUCUUGGUGGCUUCCGGGGUGUGGCUUAACGUGGUGUCCAUCAACAUGGCCCGAGGCUUUAGGAAGCCGCUGGGAGCGCGGGCGGCGCGCGCCGGGGGCCAGGGCCGGGCGCUGGUUCGGCAGCUGGCCGCAUGGAGCGCGUACGGCUGGGGCGCGCCCGCGCUGCUCACCGCGGUGGCCGUCAGCAUGUUCCUGAAUAGGACGCUGGUGGAGGAAAAGGGCUUCGUGGCACCCACGUUCAUCGAGACCAGGACAUGUCUCUCGGAGGACAGGCUCACCUUCGGGGGCAAAGGGCAUAGAACCUGGGGAGCCAUGUACUACUACUACAUCCCCAUGACCCUUCUGGUGGUGGCGAACGGUGCCUGUUUGGCCUUCACCACCUACACCAUCAGAAAAAUGAAGAAGGAGACCGCCAUGGUUCAGAAAAUCGGUUCCAGCACCUCAGCCAGCGGAACACUGCAAAACGCGCGUCUGUACGUGAAGCUGCUGCUGACGGCGGGCGUGACGGAGAUCGCGCUGGAGGUGACGGUGUGGGCGGUGCGGCCGCACGACUGGGACGAGGCCACCUACCUGCAGACGUGGGCCAGCACCCUCAAGCUCACCUUCGUCUUCCACAUGGCGGCCACGCUGGUGGACGUGGCGCGCGCGCUGGCCGUGCUGUGGCUCAGCGCCGGGCGCUGGACGUGGCCCGGGCGGGCGGCGCAGGCGGCCCGCCUGGCCCUGCGGGCGGUGCGCGCGCGCGCGGCGCGGGCGGCCAGGGCGGCUCAGGCCGACGCCCAGCGCCCCGCCCACGCCCACGCACGCGACGCGCACGCGGACGCCGCCUCCGUCGACACCUCCACCACCGGCUGCUAG